AUGGCCGACCCUGCCUGGCUGUUUCUGAUGCCAAACCCUGAGGAACUUGUCACCCUCAAAUGUGGCGACAAGUCCUUCUCCUUCCGCAAAUCCAUUCUUGUCAAGGACUCUGAUUACUUCACGGUCUGCCUCGCGAACACUGCGUUUAUUGAAGCAAGCACCUCGACCAUCGAGUUUGAAGACAUCGAGCCCGAACUGCUCGGCUUCUACCUGCACAUGGUGUAUUCCAAGGCAACUGGCAGGCAGAUCGAUGCGAUGUCGGUCUUGUUCCGGGGCGACAACUUCAUAGCAAUUCGAGGGGGUCUUGCAACAAUGGUAAAGUUGUAUCAGAUGGCCGACAGAUUCUCGAAUAAACCCCUCCUUGCCGAUUUGGGAAGUACAAUCAUGCAUUUCGCAGAGCACGGUACUUGUCCCACCCAAUCGCCUCCCGUCGAGCCGUCUCAACUGUCUCCUGGUCAAUCCCAUACGAAUACAGAACACACAAACAAUCCAGAGACGCUGGCUGGAAUAAUAUGGUGGUCUAAGACCUACAAAGAGGCCUAUGUCGCCUUGAAUAAAAACAAGUCGGACCAGAACGACAUGAGAACCCGGUUGGUGGAGAUGUUUUGCCGCAAGGUACCUCCCGAGAAGGCCAUCGCCAUUUCCUCUCUUCUUUCCGAAGACCAGGACUUCAUCGAGGCUGUCUUCGACCAUUUGGCACAUGAGGCCUCCAAUCACAAGGCGCAGGUGACGACGCUGACACAGGAGGUGAAUACACUGCAGGAUCUGAAUAAGACAAGUAGCAGUCAGAUAGCAGACCUUCGAUGUGUCGUACGCCGCAUGGAGGCGGAGGCCAAUCACCUACGUAACCACAUCUCGGUCUUACUUCACGAUCAAGACGAAGAGUCCUACGACUAUGACAGUGCAAUGAGUGGCGAUGAGAAAGAUAUCGUUCGAUUCGGUUCUGACAGCGACAUAGACGAUGAUGAUGAAGGCGGUGACAGCAGCAUGGAAGACUACAACCUUUACUUCUAG